UGGAUUUUUUAAAAGCGUUUUGGAGGGGGGAGCGCGGCGUGGGGGGCGGCAAGCGCGCUCCUGGCGCUGGCUGCUGCUCCUGCUCCGCUUCUCCCUCUCCGGCUGCUUCUCGCCUCGCGUUCCGCGCUGCUCUCCCCGACGCCGCAGCCCGGAGCUGGGCAGCGCCAGGCGCCGAAAUGAAGGUGCUGGGGCACAAGAUCCAACUGCUGACAGGGCUCCUGCUUCACGACGUGACCAUGGCCGGGCUGCAGGAGCUGCGAUUCCCGGAGGAGAAGCCGCUGCUCCGGGGCCAGGACGGCGCGGAGCUGGAGAACUCUGACGCCUUCCUCUUGGCCGUGGACACAGACUGGAAGGAACAUGACAUCGAGACGCCUUAUGGCCUUCUGCACGUGGUGAUCCGGGGCUCUCCCAAGGGAAACCGCCCGGCCAUCCUCACCUACCAUGACGUGGGCCUCAAUCACAAGCUGUGCUUCAACACCUUCUUCAACUUUGAGGACAUGCAGGAGAUCACGAAGCACUUUGUGGUGUGCCACGUGGACGCUCCGGGCCAGCAGGUGGGGGCGUCGCAGUUUCCUCAGGGGUACCAGUUCCCUUCCAUGGAGCAGCUGGCCGCCAUGCUCCCCAGCGUGGUGCAGCACUUUGGGUUCAAGUACGUGAUUGGCAUUGGCGUGGGAGCUGGAGCCUAUGUGCUGGCCAAGUUUGCACUCAUCUUCCCCGACUUGGUGGAGGGGUUGGUGCUGAUAAAUAUUGACCCCAAUGGCAAAGGCUGGAUCGACUGGGCUGCCACCAAGCUCUCUGGCCUGACUAGCACACUACCUGACACGGUGCUAUCCCACCUCUUCAGCCAGGAGGAGCUGGUGAGCAACACGGAGCUGGUGCAGAGCUACCGGCAGCAAAUCGGGAACGUGGUGAACCAGGCCAAUCUGCAGCUUUUCUGGAACAUGUACAACAGCCGCAGGGACCUGGACAUGAACCGGCCUGGAACAGUGCCCAAUGCCAAGACACUCCGCUGCCCCGUGAUGCUGGUGGUUGGAGAUAAUGCACCUGCUGAGGACGGGGUGGUUGAGUGCAACUCCAAACUGGACCCAACCACCACGACCUUCCUGAAGAUGGCAGAUUCCGGGGGGCUGCCCCAGGUCACACAGCCCGGGAAGCUGACUGAAGCCUUUAAAUACUUCCUGCAAGGCAUGGGCUACAUUGCAUACUUGAAGGACCGAAGGCUGAGUGGAGGAGCAGUGCCCUCCGCCAGCAUGACCCGUCUUGCACGUUCUCGCACCGCGUCCCUCACCAGUGCCAGCUCGGUGGAUGGCAGCCGCCCACAGGCCUGUACCCACUCGGAGAGCAGCGAGGGGCUGGGCCAGGUCAACCACACCAUGGAGGUGUCCUGUUGAAGCCCUGGGUCCCCGGAAGACACCCACAUGCCCCUGCCCGCAUCAAUGUCCCACUGCCAUCCUCUCACCGGCUCCUUUUUCCCUUUAGUUUAUUUUUGUGAGGGCAAAGGGGAGGAAAUGGGGUUGCUUCUCUUUUGUUUAAGAAGAUGAGGGGAUCCAUUUCAGAUGCUGCAGAAGUCUCCAGACAGUUUGAGGGGCUCAUUCUUCCCUAUCCCCACUUCACUCACCUUGUUAACUUGGGUAACUCAGACCCCUCUCUUCCAACUCCCCACUGUCCGGCACAGUCAGGGUGGGGUCAGGGUGAAGGGGAUCAGCUAAGGAAAGACUCUGAGUCCUUCUCUGGCCAGCAUCCAGGGUAAUAUCCUGGAUUAAAGAAAGAGCAUGGGAUGAUGACCCCCUGGGCAAGCGUGUUUAAAGAUGGGACGCGGUUUUGAGGUGGUGGAUGCUGGGACAGCAGGAGCAUGGGGUCCAGCUCAGGCACUCACGUGAGAAUCAGGAGACAGCAGCAAGGAACACUGGGACGUGAGGAGCCCUGGAGCUCUGCAGGCCCCUUUCGCCCCAGCCUCUCCACUAAGCACAUCUGUUUCUGUCUUGUAGCACAUGUGACAAUCAUCUGAACAGUAGCCACAAGGGGGCGCCCCGACCAGGCAGCUGUUUCGCUGGUGCUCCCUGGCAGGCCUAGUGCUGUAGGGCCAGGCAGGCAGGGGCUAAAGCCCCUGGGUUUCUCUGUCCAAGAAAAACAGAACAUGAAGGCCAUUGAGGGCAGAAACCCCACAGACUGUCUCAGCCCACACACUCCACCACCUUCCAGCCCUGUCGCAUUUCUGAGCCAAGGCCCUGAAGCAGAAAGUCUCCUGGUUCUCCAUCUCCAUAGGGACCUGACUUGGGGGCUGAGGUUCAAGGUUGGGAUAGCCAGUGAGGAUUGGGUGCACCCCUGAGGACUUUGUGUUUAUCUGCCUUUGGGAGGCAGCAGUGGCUGAAAGUCCCAAUAGGCCCUUUUUUGCUCCCAGGUUCCAUGGAGGACAACCCAAUCAGCAGGAUGGCAAGGGCCGCCAGAAACAUGGUGUUUCUAGGGAGAGUUAUUUCAUGUAGGCAUCACUAAGUAAGAAGGGUUUAGUGGGAGAGAAAUGGUCCAAGGUAGCAAGACUUCCAUGGGCCCCAUCACUGUCUCAGCCUACUGGAGUGGGCUCGGGCCGAGGCUUGCUGGAUCCUGGGGUGGGAAGUGAAGAUUCCUGAACUGAACAAGGGCCAGGCAGAGGAGAAAGGCUUCUCACACACCCCAGCCCUCUCCUGUGCCCUAAAGACCAGGCCUGUGCCAUAUACUUCCCUUCCACUACUUUACCAGGUAGACUCUCCUGGCCCAGAAACCAGAAGCCAUUUGUCUCAGAGCCUCAAUCAAUUGCUACAAACCCCAAAAGGAGUACAAAGAGCGGAGAGCUAUGAAAAAUGUAGGGCUGGGGGAAGUGGAGGGGGUGCUCGGAAGCUGAGAGGACACCUGCAUCCACAUUUCCUCUGCACUUAUCACCCCCCUUCUGUAAUCUUAAGCCAUUAUGAGACUGCUCUAGAGCCUGGUGGAGUGUUAGUCUGUCCCCAGUUUCUAUUCACUCACGUGCUUCCUUUGAAUAUCGAAUGUGACUGUUUGAAAAGCUGGUAGAAUUAAUACUCCCUCUUGCUAUAGAUAGCACUGCAAGUCCUGGAUUUUUUUUCCCCCUGUGUUCUUUCAGAUGAGAUAUCUAUAAAUAUCUACACAUUAUAUAUGUAUAUUGGGUCCUCCUGUGUGUGGUUGUCCAUUGGAGGUUGUCUCUGGUCAAAGUGAACUUUGAAUGGAGUUUAUUAUUUUCCUCUCUGUACAGAGUGAAGAGACUAAUUUUGUGUAUUCUAGUGGCUAAUGUCAUAAGACUUGGAAAUGACAAAAUGAAAAACAAAGCUUGUCAACGUAGAAAGAGUUAACUGUGCUGAGAAACUAAUAAAGAAAUUAAGAA